UCACCACGUUGCCGCUGAGCGGGGCGGGGGUCACUGAGCUGCAUGAGGCGCCUGCGGCGGGAGGUCGGGCGCUGAGCGGGGCCGGGCUCGUCCCAGCAUGGACAACAAGCCGCUGCUGCAGGACAGGCCCCCCGCCUACAGCCCGGCCGCGCACGACUACGGGCAGAGCAACUACGGCGCCAUCCCCGGCGCGCAGCCCGGCUUCCAGCCGCCGCCGCCCUACCCCUACCCCGCGGCAGGAUAUGGUGCUCCGUCAGGCCCGCCGCAGCAUAACUAUCCCAAUACGUACACCAUCAUUCAGCAGCCUGCUACCACCACCUCUGUUGUAGUAGUUGGAGGCUGUCCUGCCUGCAGAGUUGGGGUACUGGAGGAUACCUUCACCUGUCUCGGCGUCUUCUGUGCCAUCGUAUUCUUUCCAAUUGGAAUCCUGUUCUGUCUUGCACUAAGGCAGAGAAGAUGCCCAAAUUGUGGGGCUGCUUUUGGCUAAGGGAUCAAGAUGAAUCUAUUUCUGGAGGCCAGCCUUGUUAGAGUACUCUUUCUAAUGUAAAUGUCAUGUACAAUCACUUUAUUUGAUUAUGCUUCAGACCUGUUUUGUAAAGUGUGAAGAAAUUAGUUUUCUGCAUGUAAUUUAAAAUGUAAUCUUUUAUAAGCAUGUGUAUUGCAAAACAUGAAAACCCACCUUGUUUCCAUGUUAAUGGCACCUUUUGAAACUUAAAUAAAAUAGCUUUUCUUUUUGCAAUCUUCAAUGUGUGGCUAAACCAAAUCUCAUAUUUGAAGUUAUAUCAUUAUCUGCUGGUUUUGCCUUUGCACCUUGAACAAAAUACCUUUAAACAAAUGAAGAAAAAAACCCAAAGUUUGCCACUUAGCAUCAUUCUUAAAUAACCAGGGCUGAUUAAAAGUCUGCUCUCCUGGUAUACACACACGCAAAUACAUGUGAAAUACUAGAAGCUUAAGUAACAAAUACUUAUUUUUGAGAUUUGAACUAGUGAUGCUACUUAAUUACAUGAAGACAGAGUAAUGGGGGAUUGGUUACCAGCAAGAAUCCAGAUUUUAAAAUUGGAAUGAGAAUAAAGUGUCUUGUUGUCUUUG